GAGGCGGGACUGCGAACUGGAGGCGCGGGUGGUGGCUGCCGGGUGGCCAUGCGGCGUCUGGGGAACCCCGCCGGGCCAGGCCAGCCGCCCUUGGUGUCUGUCAUCCUCCCUGUCCACAACGCUGACCUGUGGCUGGAUGAGUGUUUGGAGUCUGUUCUGCGGCAGGACUUUGAAGGCACCAUGGAGCUCUCUGUUUUUAAUGAUGCCAGUAAGGACAAGUCUAUGACUAUAAUUGAAAAGUGGAGGCCCAAGUUAGAAGGCUCUGGCAUCCUUGUGGUCGUUGGAGGCCACGAUUCUCCUUCUCCCCGCGGAGUUGGAUAUUCUAAAAAUCAAGCAAUUGCUCAGAGCUCAGGGGCUUACCUUUGCUUCUUGGAUUCAGACGACGCCAUGAUGCCUGGGAGGGUGAGGCUGCAGUACGAGGCUGCUGUCCAGCACCCCACAAGCAUCAUAGGGUGCCGCGUGAGGAGAGACCCCCCGGGCUCCACCGAGCGGUACACACGCUGGAUCAACCAGCUGGCGCCUCCUCAGCUUCUGACUCAGGUGUUUACCGCCCAUGGCCCCACGGUGAUCAUGCCCACCUGGUUCUGCUCGCGAGCCUGGUUUUCCCACGUGGGCCCAUUUGACGAGGGCGGGCAGCACCUCAGGAAGGGCGGCGGGCUCCUCCGGGUGGACCAGACCCUGCUCCUAUACCGCUACCACCCCCGGGCGGCCACGCACUCUGUCCUGGAAACCACCAUCUGGACCCACCGCGUCCGCUUCCUGGAGGAGCGGGCCCUGCCCAGCUGGACGUCCUUCACCAUCUGGAACGCGGGCAGGCAGGGACGCAGACUGUACCGCAGCCUGACGGCCGCCAGCCGCCAAAAGGUGGGCCCAGCCCCAGCCCUUCCCCGCCCUUCCCUUCCCCGCCCCCACUCCCCGCCCUGCCCAGCACCCAGUGCCCCUCCCCAGGUGGUGGCCUUCUGCGACGUGGACGAGAACAAGAUCAGGAAAGGCUUCUACUGCUACGAGGGGGCUCAGGAGAGGCCCAAGCCGCGUGUUCCCGUCCUGCACUUCAGAGCAGCCCGGCCACCCUUCGUCCUCUGUGUGAAGCUGGACCUCACAGGGGGCGAGUUUGAGGACAACCUAAGGUCACUACACCUGCAGGAGGGCCGGGACUUCCUACACUUCAGCUGAUGGCCGUAGCAGCUGCCCCAGGUGGGUCUGUGCGGACGCGCCAGCAGGCUCCUGAACCAAGUCGGCCUCCUUUGCACACCACACGGUUGUGCGUCGAGCUCGGCAGGUUUCUUAUCUUCAAACCGUCCUGCGUCUAAAGCAGCCCUCGCGCAGCCUGGUGGGUGCGUCCGUCAGACCAGCCUCUUCUCGUGGACCCACUGCAGCCAGGCACUCCAGGACGCAGGUGGACGCUGGACUGCGGGCAGCACCACUGGUCUGGCUCUGUCCUCCACGCUCAGGGUGGCCCGGGCUCCGGCCAGUGUGCUGCUGCCCCCUCACAGGUGCCCCCUGUGCGGCAGCCAGCCUGGGGCUCUGCCUGCUGCGGGUCCACGCUGGCCCUGUGCUCGCUCACGCCGCCUCCUAGCGGACCCGCAGCUAGGGGCAGGCACCAGGGGCCUCCAGCACGCCGCUGGGCAGGGGGAAGGGUAGAAGAGGGCAGGCUGGAAGCCACGUCUCUGUGCAGCAGGGCUGAGAAGCUGGACUCGAGCCAGGCCUGGUCAAGCUCAGGCUGACCCGUGAGUCCGAAGGGGGCACGGUGACCUGACUGGACCAGAGAGCGCGUGGAGGACUGGGCCGGGGCCAGCACCCCGAGCCUGAAGACGCGCACCCCUGGCCACAGCACUCUCCGGAACCCUCCCCGGGGCCCUGCCUGUGGGAGCUCUGCUCUCUCCACGUCGCCCUAAUAAACCCUGUUGCUUUGCCCUCACGCGGGUCUGCGGAUCCUUUAAGUUCACAAAACAGAAGACCCUCCCGCGUGACCCGCCUCUCCCGCGGGCACAGUGCAGAGCCCUCGGACUCAGGUGGCCUCGCAGCCUCCCCGCGCUGCUGCAGCUCCAUGCAGCACAUCUGACUCCACAUCACCUCCUGAGACCCUGUCACGGGUGGACAUGCGUCUCAGUUCCGGCUGGGCAGGUCCCCCCGCUGCGUCCACUUGGUUGUCUAACCUACCCAGUGAGCUGACCUUCACUCCCCGGGGUCCCUUCCUCGAGGUGUGUCUGCACUAUCUGGCCUCUUGGUUCUGGCUCUGGUCUUCUGCCCAACACCUCUGCAGGACUCAGCUCGGGAGGCCAGCGUCCACCCUCUGCCCCAGGAGCGCCCUGCUCAGGGCAUUUCACAGCUUUCCGGUCCAGGAGUCGAGCACGUACUGGGCAGGCCCUGUGGGCGGGUGCACCCUGGGCCAGCACCGCAGACGCUGUUGCUCAGCUCAGGACUCCACUGUGAAUGUCCACAGCUGGCAAGUCCUGCCCCUCUCCUGUCGAAAUCAAACCUCACAGCUGGACUCCCCAACAGGAGCCCUUGGUGCCCAGGGCCCGCGCUCCGGCUGACCAGGGCCUGCUCUCCGGCUGACCAGGGCCCCACCUUUCUGCCCAGGGCACUGGCUUCUGCCGCUCUUUGGCUGGCUCCACCCCAGAGCCAGGCAAGUGCUCAUGUCCUUGCUGGACACACGUAUGGACUCCUGCCUGCACGUGCCCCGUGGAGAGGCUCCUGACCCCCCCUUGGGGCCAGCAGGCUGCCCACUGCACUGGCUGCCCUGAGGACGACGGGCACUUCUGAGCCUCUGCCCAGUCCAGGGUCCAGAAACCGUGCUGCACUGAGGAGGGGCCACCAGGCCUUGGUGCCAGGGCCACGGGGUUGGCACGGCAGUCGGCUGGCCAGGGGCAAUGGCCUUCCCUUGGGCAGCAGAGUCAAACUGGAAGGAACUGCUGUGCCGCCGAUGGGCCUGAGGGCCCGUGACGGUCCCCGUGCCUGUCUCCCUGUCCCCUCGGGCGCACGCUCUGCCUGGCAGGACAGCAGGGCCCCCCGGGACCUCGAGGGGCCUCGUCCAGGAGGGACGGGGGGCACCUGUUGGGUGGGGAAGGAGUGAGUGCCAGAGCCCAGCGGGCUGCAGGAUGUGCAGCUCCCACCCAGCAGGUCUGGGCCCAAGCAGUGACACCCGCCCAGCGAGGGCAGCGUGGUGCCCCUGGCCCAGCUCCUGUGGCCAGGGGCAGGCUGUCCGGGCUUCUGGGGGCUCGCCCAGGUGGGAGCGCCUCUGCUCCCACCGCCCUUGCAGCCUCAGCCUCCUGCUCCCUGCACUCCGCCAUAUGCGCCGUGCCAGCGGGAAGCGUGCAAGUCCCUGGGCGGAGCCCCGGCCCCGGCCCCCACGCACACUGGUCCCA